CCGCUAGAGGGCAGCACUGAGGCGGCAGGCUGGUGACAGAGGAGCCGGGCAGGCUGGAGCGCCGCUGCGCCCGGUUAGAGCAGACACACAGCAGUGGAGAUAGCUGGUGGAGGGAGAAGAAGGCUGCCUCAUGCCGCCGGGGUUUACCGGGAAUUAAUCACCUGACGUCCAGCGGAAAGAGAGGAAUUAUUUUAACACGAAACAAAAAAAAUGCAUCUUUUGGAGAUUUGGAUGCUGAUGGCGGCUCUGCAGCUCGUUCCUCUGGGCCAAGGGGCCGAGCCAUCGCCGUCCAGCGAGCAGGGGUCGGUACCGUGCACAAGGGGCUUCACUCAGGAGGAGUACGUCAUCGAAGCGGACCGGGAGCUGGCCAAGGGACAGGCCGUCUUCAACGUGAGCUUCAUGGACUGCGGUAGAGGAAAGGUGUGGUUCCAGGUUGACAAUUCGUCUGACUUCAGGGUGAGUGAGGAUGGUGCGAUCCACACCCUGCGGCGCCUCAGCCUGGUGGGAAGUGGAAAAGUUGUGGAGGUGGUCUACGCCAGAGACCCAGAGUCCAAACAGGUCUGGAAGACCAGAGUGCACCUCCGCGUCCAUCCAAAUGGCCACAGCGCAGGACCUGAACAGGUGAGGCCCAGUGAUGCAACACAGACUCGGCGGGUACCAGAGAUCUUGUUUCCGUGGCGCAGUGUGGUUGUCAGGGGCGAUGGAUCUCUGAGGCGGGUGAAGAGGGACUGGGUCAUUCCGCCUAUCAACGUCCCUGAGAACUCGCGAGGACAGUUCCCCGAGGACCUAGUCAGAAUCCGCUCAGACCGGGAUAAGAAUCGGUUGCUGCGGUACAGCGUGACGGGCCCCGGGGCCGACCAGCCUCCGACCAGCAUCUUCAUCAUCAACCCAAUCUCAGGCCAGCUGUCCGUCACCAAGCCUCUGGACAGAGAGCACAUCUCCAACUUCCAUCUGCGAGCCCACGCGGUGGACCUGAAUGGGAAUCAGGUGGAGAACCCCAUCGACAUCGUCAUCAACGUCAUCGACCAGAACGACAACAGACCAGAGUUCACACACACCAUCUUCAAUGGCUCUGUACCGGAGGGAUCCAAGCCUGGAUCCUUCGUGAUGACGGUGACAUCCGUGGAUAAGGAUGAUCCCAAAACCGCUAAUGGGAUGCUGCGAUACAAGAUCCUCUCCCAGAAUCCCCAGAGCCCCUCCACCAACAUGUUCACCAUUAACAACAAGACGGGUGACAUCAUCACCGUGGCAGCAGGUCUCGAUCGGGAGAAAGUCACCCAGUACACCCUGAUCAUCCAGGCUACGGACAUGGAGGGGAACCCCACCUAUGGCCUGUCCAACACUGCCACCACUAUCAUCAGGAUCACCGACGUCAACGACAACCCGCCUGAAUUCACCACCGACACGUUUUUCGGGGAGGUCCAUGAGAACAGGGUGAAUGUGAUCGUGGCCAACCUGACUGUGACGGACAAAGACCAGCCACACACAUCGGCCUGGAGCGCCGUGUACCGCAUCAUCGCCGGAGACCCCAACGGACGCUUCUCCAUCCCCACCGACCACACCACCAACGAAGGCCUGCUCACUGUGGUCAAGCCCAUAGAUUUUGAGUUGAGCCGAUCCUUCAUGCUGACGGUGGAGGCAGAGAACGAGGUCCCGCUGGCCCGUGGAAUCCACCUGCCGCGUCAGUCCACGGCGACCGUCUCCGUGCGGAUCCUGGACGUCAACGAGAGUCCGGAAUUCAGCCCAAAUCCCAAGUCCAUCAAACUGGAGGAGGGUCUGCACGCGGGGUCUCUGCUCACCACCUUCACUGCCCAGGACCCAGACCGCUUCUUGAGACAAACCGUCCGGUACUCAAAGAUGUACGACCCCGCUAACUGGCUGGAGAUCGACCCGGUUAACGGUCGCAUUUCCACCAUCGCCAUCCUUGACCGAGAGUCUCCCUAUGUCAAGAACAACCUCUACAACGUCACCUUCAUGGCCUCUGAUAACGGUAUCCCUCCUGCCAGCGGGACGGGCACCCUUCAGAUGUUCCUGCUGGACAUAAAUGACAAUGCACCUCACGUGUUCCCCCCUGAGGUGGAAAUGUGUGAGAAGCCGUACCCAAACGCCAUCAACAUCACAGCCAGUGACCCCGAUCUGACCCAUAACGCUGGACCCUUCGCCUUCGAGCUGGCCAAUCGUCCAUUAGACGUACGCCGCAACUGGACACUGAAUCGCAUCAAUGGCGAGUACGCCCAGCUGAGACUGAGGAUCGGCUCCCUGGCCAGCGGGAUCUACGAGGUUCCCAUCGUGAUCACAGACUCCGGCAACCUGCCCAUGUCCAACACGUCCUUCCUGAGGGUCAAGGUCUGCCAGUGUGAUAACCACGGCGACUGCGUGGACAUGGAGCGAAUCAUCGCUGCUGGACUGGGCACCGGAGCCAUCAUCGCUAUCCUCAUCUGUAUCAUCAUACUAUUAGUGCUGGUGCUGCUGUUUGUCAUGUGGAUGAAGAGGAGGGACAAGGAGCGUCAGGCCAAGCAGCUCCUCAUCGACCCAGAGGACGACGUGCGAGACAACAUCCUGAAAUAUGACGAAGAGGGGGGAGGAGAGGAGGACCAGGACUACGACCUGAGUCAGCUGCAGCAGCCUGACGCCCUGGAGCCAGAGUGCGUCAAGGUGGGCAUCAGACGUCUGGAUGAGAGGCCUCUCCAUCAUGACCACCAGUACCCCAUCCGCUCUGCCGCCCCCCACCCAGGAGACAUCGGAGACUUCAUCCACGAGGGCCUGAAGGCAGCGGACAACGACCCCACCGCUCCCCCCUACGACUCCCUGCUGGUGUUCGACUACGAGGGCAGCGGCUCCGACGCCGGCUCCCUUAGCUCCCUGCACUCCUCCUCGAGCUGCGGCGACCAGGACUACGACUACCUCGGCGACUGGGGGCCACGCUUCCGCAAGCUGGCCGACCUGUACGGCGGAGGGGACGACUAGGACCCCGCCUCCCCAAACCCCCACCCUCGACCCCCGCCUGCAACAACCACCCUCACCCGCCCCCACCAUUGGCUGCUCUAGGGCUCAGGUGGGGUGGGUGGGGGUUGAGGAAACGAGGAUUACGGUGGUAUUGGAUGGGCACUUCUGCAUCACCAACGGUUGAGCUUGUAAAGAGACCUGCCGCCCCCCUUAAUGACGGUUCGAUGACACUAGGGACCAUUCUGACUCCUGGCCCAGCAAUUCAGGCUCAUGGACUUCACUAUCUGAGCGUUAGCUGCCAGAGCAGUAUGCUCAGAGGGUACUGGUUGUCUCCGCGGCGGCUAAGAGCUACAACAGCCAUGCUACAGACGCUCAUUUACACUUGAAUCUCACAGUACAGGAGCACUGGGGUCAAAUGUGCCUUUUUGUACAUUAUUUUGAUUGUGAUCAGUCUUGAUUCUAUGCGUUGCUUUAAAAAGCUCCCGGUGUUUUUGCGACGGCAACUGGAGGAGCACAUCGCCAUGAUAAUGAGCGUGUGUGUGUGUGUGUGUGUGUGUGUGUGUGUGUGUGUGUGUGUGUGUGUGUGUGUGUGUUUAGGUUCCACCUUGUUACCUGUAUGUAUGUGUGUGUGCGUGAGUCAUUUUCACAGAGACACACUGGAUGGACACUAUAAAAGGGCAAAGCCUAUAAUGAGACGUCUUGGAUGAUCCAUCCAGCAAAAACAUGGAUUACUUGUACAGCUCUGGGUGUUAAAGGCUUUUUCUCUUUCCAUCGGAUUCAGGCAGAAAAUGACAACCACAAUUACAGAGGUUAGCACUAUCACAUGUACAUAUUUAGGUUUUGUCUUUUAAUGAGCAACCUACUCACAAUACUUAAUUGAUAACGGAAAUGUCCUCUGACCAGAAGUUUAAAUCUGCUGGUGUCAUUCCAUUAUACAAGAUGUUAAAUUUCACCUGCAGGAAUAAGUUUCAUAAUAAAUUUUAAUUUCCAUUGCACUGUUUUUUUUUUUUCCUGUGAAGUCUGAUCAUUCCAGUCACGUCACAGCUCUGGUUUGAAUUGCUGUACAGAAUGGCCGCCUUCCCAUGGCUUUCAGCGCUCUUAGAUAAUCGAGGACAUUUAGCACCACAAUGCAUUUAAAUAACAUCCCUGAAAGGAGUUUUUUUUUUUUUUACAAGCAGGAAAUGUUAUUUCACAGUGCGGUUAAAAUAAAGUGGUUAUGUCCUUGCUGUGAUUUCAAAAUAGGAGGAACUUAGAAUGGAAUGUUGUUUAGCUUAUUUGCAGGACAACAAAACAUGUAAAAGCAAAGUGGCAAGAGACACAGUGAUGAAAUAUUAUGUUCAUUCUUGUGUUUGUGCAGAUGAAAGAAAACAGAAAGCAAAAGACACCAACAAAGAAUCAAGGCCACAAGGGAAGAAAAACUAAAUCUAAAAACAUUUGAAGCACUUUUGGUUGCAGAGCGACAGUCAGAUAAAUAAAACUGACAAACAUAUUAUAAUUCCCAUCAUGAGCAAAAUGAAUAGGGUUAUUUAAUGAGUUUGUAUUUACAGAUGAAUACGUAUGCGUGAUGAAUAUUAAGUGAGAGGUGACUAAAAUUCAGGUCUGCUGACCAAUCCGACCUUUCCUCUGUAAUGUCUGGAGCAGAACAGUGACAAGGCGGAAGACCGGAAUGCAAAACAAGCUAACUCAAACGUAACUGUUAAUUUAGCUGAUUCCAGUGGAGCAGUUGUUUUAUGCUCCAGCUUUGUUCUGUUGCGGGAGAUAUUUUUGGAGCCGUAGCAGAAAGGUUCAUCCAACAGUUUUGGUCUAGAGGGAGUAACUCCGUCAAUUUCUGACCAGAUUUUCAUGACUUUUUACAUCGAUAUUCAUUGUCCCUUGAGGAUACCAUCAAAGAUGAAGAGUUCCACUCAUAUGAAAGCUAUGGAACAGGAAAAACAGAUCUAAGUAAACAUGUGAUAUACUGUGCAAACAGUAUUUUUAUGUUGCUAAAUCUGUUAGUAUUUAACCUGACUCUUCAACACCUUAAUUUAAAAUCAGUGUUUUUGAGAAUUGAUACAGAUCAAUAAACAUAUAGCGAUACUUAAGUGUAUGGAUAUUUUCUUACACCUCUACGUAUUUACGUAGUGUUUUAUUUUAAAGACUCCUGUUUGGCAAGUUUAUCCAAAUUACCAUCAGUUCAAGAUGUAACGUGAACUUUUGUUCAUGUGCAGAUAAUUCUUCACUCUGUCACAUAAAAAUGAUGAUAAAAAUGAAGUGGUUUCUGCAGUUAAGACGUCCAGAGAUUUCAACCUGUUACACAUUAAAAGGACUAGAAGAAACUUAGCCUUGCGACAUUAAGGCUUCAAACAACCCAUAAUGCACCAUUUUCUUACGUACAUGGCUCACCUGGUACUUUCAUUCAAUGAGGUCAUCUGCUGCAUUGAAUAUGUAUUAUUUCAUAUUAUAUAUAUCCAGAAAAGAAAUCCCCAUCUUUAAAUUGGGAAAAUAGGCCAAUACGUUACUUGUUAUUAUUAUUACAAACCCACAAUAUUAAGAUACACAUACCUUAAAAAUGAAUGGGUAAAUGGUUUUUGGCUGUAUGAACUGUGUUUUUCCCUGCAGUUCCAGCCUUUUACAGUGUUGCUAUUGGUUUCUCUUAGUGGGAAGCAGACGUCGGUCAAACCCAGAGCUGUACAAAGAGCUGCAUAUUUUUGCCGGUUUGGUGUUCCAAAGCUAGUGAGAAGACAUGUACAGUACUGCUAGACUUUAGAUAGAUACCUUCUGUUUUUUGUUUUUGCUUUUAUCACAAUGUAACUUAUGCAGCCGAUUGCUAACAAAGGGAGACGUCGGUCCUUGUUUUGUAGCAACGAUACUUCUUGAUACACUGCUGUGGUGGAUUAAAUACAAAAAAAAGGCAACGUUUCUUUUGUCUGCUGAUGAUUUGCCUUAGUGUUCUCUGGUAAUCUCCAACUGGCUACUCACUGUAAACUGAAAUAUGUACAGAUUGUAUUUUUCUCUCUUGUUGUUCUUUUGGCUGUGGUCUCUGAAAAAUGACAUGCUAAUAUCCUGAAUCCUUGUAUAUGUGUAAUUUGGAUUACAAAUUAAAAUGUUUUUGCAUGUUUUUAUCUUUUCA